AUGGCUGUUGGAAUAGGGAAUGUGUUGUUUAGAAAUGUAAGUGCCAAUGUGACGGAGUUGUAUCUGGACGAAGUUCACCUCUACAAGGACUACCCUGAAGGCUUGUUGCGGUUCGCGACGGCCUGCUGCUUCAUUUUUAUGAUCAUCGGGAUCCCGGGAAACCUCAUUACAAUCAUCGCACUCUCGAGAUACGAAAAGGUCCGCAAUGCGACCGCGAUCUUCAUCAUGAACCUUUCAUUUUCGGACCUAUUAUUUUGCUGCUUCAACCUGCCCUUGACGGCGUCCACCCUUCUCCACCGGUCCUGGGUCCAUGGAGAGCUCCUUUGCAGACUGUUUCCUCUGAUGAGAUAUGGUCUGGUGGCAGCUUCCUUGUUCACUGUUACUGCUAUCACUAUUAAUCGCUAUGUCAUCAUCGCCCAUCCGAGACUUUAUCCGAAAGCAUACACAACGAGGAACAUCUGCCUGAUGCUGCUUACAAUAUGGCUAAGUGCUUUCGGAUGUUUGGUGGCGACUUGGCUCAACAAAUGGGGCAGCUUUGGGCUCGACGCUAGUAUCGGAUCUUGCUCCAUCAUCCAAGACAAAAACGGUCGAACACCGAAAAAGACACUCUUUAUUGUAGCGUUUACUAUACCUUGUAUUGCAAUAAUUUUCUGUUACACGCGAAUAUUCUUCAUAGUUAGGAAAACCUCAAAAAAUUCUAAAACAGUAAAUACAUCUAAACAAGAACAACCUUCGUGCGACGAACUCUCGUCCGUCGUAUCGUCUGACUCGGUGUCCAUAAAGUUCUCCGGCCCCGAAAUAAGUAUCAGUGAAAACACAGAGUCCUUUACCUCUGAUCCACCUAAAAGUACACAGCGCACAUUCCAAAUUGAAACUAGAGACGAAAUAAAAAGAAAAGACCAUAGGCUUCGAAGGACAGCAUUAAGAAAAUCUAUGGCGAUGCUCAGAUUGUCUCUGCCCACGCGGAAAGACAGGAGAUUAGGGACUAUGAUAAUCGCUAUCAUGAUUUCGUUCUGCAUGUGCCACCUCCCUAUAACCAUAACAAAGCUGUUGUGGGAGAUAAAUCCCAAGCCGGCGUUUAAUAUAGCUUCUUAUAUCCUCCUAUAUCUGGCUUCUUGUAUCAACCCAGUGAUUUACGUAGUAAUGUCGAACGAGUAUAGGAAAGCAUAUAAAAACCUUUUCAAAUGCAAGCGGAAGUCUUGAUGAAUGUCGAAUGGUAAUUAAUUAAUGGACUGAAUGUUUUAGAGAAAUACUCAUUUAGGUCUUAAGUGUGUGUUAUUGUUGUGAGACAAUGAAGCAAUUAUUGUAAAGAUUAAUGUUUUCAUGUUUACGGUAGUAAUUGUGUAUAUUACAUAAUUACACAUAUUUAGUAAUAAGUAUUGUUAAACGGGCCCAAGGAGUUACAUGUAUUGACAUUCCGUGACAAAUUGUCAAAAAGUAUACGAAUAGACUCGAAUAAAAGAUAUCACUGAUGAAGUGGUGAGUUAAGCGAAUGUCUUAAUAUAUAUGUACACCCGUUUAUAUGUUCAUAAUACAGAUUGCAGGUGCCGAAGACACAAAUAUUUAAAAUUCCAUUUCCGUGCCACAAAUUUACUCAAGGUGAAGAUGUAUUCUUUUAUUUAUCUGACAAUUAUUAAAUAAUAUUUUGCAAUUUUAGUAAUAUAUAUGUACGUGAAAACAUUUAAUUAUGUUUAUCACAACAGAAAUGUUUUAUUAAAGCAUGGCUAUAAAUAAUUUGAAAUGUGUAUUGUAUUCGAAGAAAGGAAAUUUAUUUAUAUUUUAUUCAUGGAGUAUUUAAUGUACACUAACCGACGAACGACCUAUUUAACAUUUUAUAGUAAGCUAUAAUCUAUGGUCUCUACUAAUACUAUAUUGUCUGUGUUUCUUGUUAUACGAGAAUAAAAGUAGACAGUACUUUUAAUUUUAACGUGAAAUUUAAUUAUUUAUUUGCUUAAUUAAAUAAUCAAAUUGUCUCUACAUUUUGUUAUAGUAACUCUUGAAUUUGAAUAGUGAAAGUUUGUAUAAUAUAAUAAUAAUGAAUAGGUUUCGUUCGGCUUCGUAUAUAACCGAAAUGAAAACAAGUCAAAAGACGUAGCAUUAUUUACACAUACGGCCUACGAUCCAAAAUAUUUAAAAUACCUAUUAGUAUUUAAUAUUGUUUUGUUUAAUUGGUUACUAUCGAUGUUAUAUAUUCUGAUAUUUUGUCUACGUAUAAUUUAAGUAAAAUAUACUUUAUAUAAGCAUAUAAUAUCAUAUGUUAUUUGUAUAAGAGUUUAAAUGGUUUUAUAAUGAGAAAGACCAAAAUGUACCAAAGAACCUCCUGGGGCCACGAUGCCCAAGCCAUUGUACUUACCAAAGAUGUAAUUAAAUUGACUUAUGGAUUUAA